UCACAGAGAUCCAAUCUUCCUGGCUGUUUUGGAGGGUGGCUCAUAUAACCGUCUGCCUCCCCUCCAGAUCCCCCGGAAUCUCCCACGUGGGCUGAAUAGCCGUGAACUGUUAAGGGUAUCACUGGACCGCCUGUCAGUCAGCGUGCUGGGAAUGGAGCUUCGGGGUGUGGGGAAGGUGGCGCAGGCAGGAAGCGUUGAGUGCGCCGCUCCUCCUCCCUCUACACACACACGUGCGGGGUUUGCAAACUGUCUUUUUGUCACAAUUGGCUGGUCGUGGCUCACUAGAGACAGUCUACAAGACGGAGGGUGCAGCAGCAAUUAAUGCACAUCACCCAGCAUUAAUGAUAAGCGCAACACUCUGGAAGAGAAGGGCAAAGAGAAGCAGCGGUUGACCCAAGAUGUGUGAAGUAAUAGAUAGUAAAGACGGAGAAGUGGCAGAGAACAAGGAAGAAGAAGUUGAUGCUGAGCUGGACCUUUCUGACCAAGGAGUCACCAAAAAGGUUUUGCCUGGCAUAAUUUACCUUGGUCACAUCCCUCCUCGCUUCAGGCCCCGGCAUGUCCGCAACCUCCUGAGUGGUUAUGGUGAGGUGGGACGCAUUUUCCUGCAGCCUGAAGAGCAAUUUAUACGGAAGAAGAAGAAGAAAGCUGGAAGCAAUGCCAAGAACUUCACAGAAGGCUGGGUAGAAUUCCAGGACAAACGUGUGGCAAAGUUGGUAGCUGCCAGUUUGCACAACACGCCCAUGGGUGUCCGCAAGAGGAGCCGAUUCCAUCACGAUCUUUGGAAUAUGAAGUACCUGCACCGUUUCAGAUGGACUCACCUAAGCGAGCGACUGGCGUACGAGCGUCAGGUGCGGCAGCAGCGUAUGCGUGCCGAGGUCUCGCAGGCCAAACGGGAGACUAAUUUCUACCUUCAGAAUGUGGAGAAGAGCAAGCACUUCUCCAAGAAGGACAGUCAGGGGGAACAGGAGGCAAAGAGCUGGGGCUUCACACAGCGCCGCACCGAGGAGGAAAUCCAGACCAGCAAAGGCAGCAGGCGUUUCAAGCAGCAGCUGGCUAGGGCUGCUGAAAUCCAGGAGAAAUCUCAGUCGAACCGUUCUCUGCUAGCAAAGAUCUUCAAUGCCCGGCAGUGAUUGCUGGCCCCGAGGAGUUCAGCUUGCUUGUGAUGGGGUUCUACCUGCCAGCAGCCUGGCUCUUACAAGCCACAUUCAUGGGGACACUCAGCGGCAGCAAAAAAACCCCAUCGUGCCUGUUGUCAUGUUUGCAGACAUGUUGGGGAUAUGAAAUGGAUUGAUAUUUUUUUUUCUGGUGUGCAGAAUCCCUCUUUAGAGCGCUGUUGGAUUUCACAUGAUCAGCAUGAAACCUUUCCCCUGUGGGGAUUUGGGAGGAGUGUCCAUUUUUCAGCUCUUCCCUUGACCACAUGGGGGAAGGUGAGCUGGCGUUCUCUGGAAUCCUGCUGCCAAAAUUAAAGAUAAGCUCAUCCUCGCUUUUGAAAGCGUGGUGAGGCCUAGUUCCCAUUUUUGGAACAUGAUGUAGUUUGUGAAAUGCAAAGCUAUCAGGGUCUCCUACCUUUGCUUCCAGCGCUAAUGCAAGGUAGGAAAUACAAAGUGAGAAUUCUGGAUAACUGAAAGAGACCUUUCCUAACAUUGUUGUGGUUGCAUAACAUCUUAAGAUAUUGCCCAAAUUUUAAAUAAAAUGAUUUGAAGUUG